AUGUCCUCAUCCAUUACGGCUCAAUACUCAGAUGCCGCGCAAGAGACACUUGAAUAUCUUCCGACAAUUGUUAGGCACGAGGGUUAUUAUGAAAUAGCUCAACUCUUGAUGACGGCCCUAUCGGCGUCCGAUGUCAGCUCAUUGCUCGUGGCACUUCAAGUUCAAUCCUCGACCUCGCUUUGCCAGCGUUAUCGUCGUUUCCUUCAUCCAUUACGGGAUAUAGAUCCCACGAUGCGGGCCUUUGAUCCUUGGAUACGUGACAAGUGCCAGAUCCUCCUACUGGGCCCUGAUUGCAAAUUAUUGAUGCAACGCAUCAUGGACCCAGAAGCAUACUACACAGAAAGGAGCUGCGACCGUGAUCGAUUGGAGAUAUGGGUCAUAGCAAUACCGCCCAAAUCACAAACAAUUACCAAGCGAGCCUCAAGGUUGGUUCGCGUCUGUCGUAGGGCGCAAAACUAUGCAAGACGUGAAAGAGCCUUUCGCAAGCUUGGUAAGAUCAUCGAUCAAGGACUUAUUCUUAAACAGUAUGUCGACGAUCAGGACAUAGUACCGUGCGAUGGCCCCAUCACUACAUGCGAGAAUAUACGUGGGGAAAGUGUCGAUGUUAAGGUAUUUGAUUUGUUGAUGUCGGUUUCGAGCGAGUAUCUUGAGAAGAGGUUUGUUGUUGGACUUGACUACGCAGGAUUGGAGUUUCGCUUGGAAUGGGAUAUAAGGGAGAAUAAAUCAACCAAAAAUUGGAGGGCAGCGGAUGGCCUGCCAUGUAUAAACGCUGCUAGCCCAUAUCACCUUGAGACUGGAACGGCCAUGCUUUCGGAUGAGCGCCUGAUUGAAGGAACACUUGCCUUCUUUUCUUUCGCACCUUAUUGUCGACAACCUAUCCUGUCUAUUCCCAUCAGGCAGAUUCCGAGGAGAUCAUAG